AUGCACAGCGAAGAUUCGUCCUCCGGCAGGAUCUCCAAGCUGAGAAAGAGUUCACCACCAUCUUGGCAAAAUGUCGCAAGUUGGCUCCCUGAUGUUGGGCGACGACCUGUGGUAAAAGCUAAGCUCGACCAAGGCGACACUCGCACGACUCGUCAUGGAGACUGUCUCAGACUGUGUACGUACAACGCGAGAACACUGUCCACAGACGCUGACCUGCAUGCCCUUUUCGGAGCUGCAGAGUGUAUCAAAUUUCACGUGCUUGCUCUGCAGGAGACCAAGUGCAGAAGGAGCGACGUACGACAGAUGAAUGACGGUAAACUCGUUUCUCGUGGAGAGAAGGUUCCGUCGCGAAAUAUCCUGUCACUUCGCCUCCGCCCUCUGCGCCAAAAACCCAUCAGUAUCAUCAAUUGCUACUCACCAACAUCAGCACCUGAUAAAUCCGAAUUGGAUCCAUUUCACGAGGAGCUGAAGGAAGUAAUCCGCAACGCGAAGUCUUUCCACAGAUUCGUUGCCGGAGACUUCAACGCAAAACUAGGAAAGGCCACAGAGGAGGAAUACGGGAUUGGAAGAUUCAUCACAGUGGACAUGGGAAUCGCCCAAUGGCGCAACUCUUGCGGAGAUCAACCACGUACUCACCAACCGGAGGUGGUACUCGAGGACUCCUUGUCCCAAGGAUUACGAGCCUGUGCUGAACGUGCCUCGAAGCCGCGCGCGACAAACUUGGAUCGAAUUUCGAAGACCACCAAGGAAUUGUUGGAAAGAAGAAGGACUUUGAGGCUUGAUCCGAAUGCAUCGCACGUUGAGCGGGAUCUCCGCGAAUAUAACAUUCUGCUAGCAGCCUUGCUGAGCGAAGACGGGACUCGCACGUCUUCUCGUCGUGAGAUGGAAAUCAUUACGGAGAGGUUCUACUCGAACCUUUUCCGUUCAUCAACUCCUGUGUCAAGCCCGAUCAUCUUCACUGGUGAAGCUCCACCACGGAUUCUCCUUUCGGAAGUACGAGUCGCUAUCAAGAGCAUGAAACCUGGCACAGCCCCCGGACCUGAUUUUAUUUCAGCAGACUUUCUUCGGGCUGGUGGCCCACUUCAUGUAAUCUUAGCAGCGCACAUGACAUCUUACCUUCAGAAAGAAAGGAUCCAAGACCAGUGGAAGACCUUGCGAACCCUUCUUAUCUAUAAGAAAGGUGACCGAGAGGACCUUCGGAACUACCUCUGA